AUGUUUAGAAGCAUUAUCCCAACGACGGUUGGCCUGAACAAUUCCAAGUACGUCCAUGCGAACAUAGAUGAGGAAUACGAUUUGCUCGGAUCAAACGACAGCUCGGUGAAGGAAAGGAACAAAACAAAUAAUGAAGCUACGUCGUUAAAACAUAUUCUAAGUGUAUCCAACUCGUAUAACAUAAAAAUUAACCACCUGGAGAAUUGCAAAACUCCGGAAGAAUUAGCACUGAAAAUCUUAAAAUCUCAAAAUUUUCAAAAUAAAAGAAAAUAUACAAAUGAAAAUCAUGUGCUGUGUGAAAAGAAAAAAAAAAAUGCACACGUAAAUAAUGAUCAAAUGAUGUACUCUAAAAAUGGAUGUCCCCAUGGGAGAUAUUCCUCGUCAUCAUCAUUAGGAAGACGAACUACUCACAGCUGCAAUUUUGAGAAAUUCAGUUUUUAUAAGGGCCCUCCUGAUGGUUAUAUGUACAAUAAUGGGACUUACUCCUCUGAGGGAAGAUUGGACAGGGACGUGCUUCCACUCAGAAACUCUUCCAACUUCCACGGUUUUGUGGACAACUCUAACCGGUUAAGUGGCACGUAUACGAACCAGCAAACAGGGUUCUCCAACAGAAACUGGUGUCACAACAGAUGCGAAGAAAUGACAAGUGAACCUGCCAUCCUUAGUAGUUGCAACCACAUCGACCAAAGGGUAAUAAACGAAAUGGACAAAAUGAAGUUAGCUUGUAAGUACCAGUUUAGCAGAUUGAAGAAUUUCGAUAAAAUUGGAAUACCCCCUGGUAGGAGCAACAUCUUUAGUGAACCCCUCCGCGGGGUGUCAAACGGAAUGAGAGGAACUUACACGGGGGAAGCUCACAAGAGGGAAGCCUACACGAGGGAAGCCUACUCGAGGGAAGCCUUCCCAGGGGAUGCCUACCCAGGGGAAGCCUUCCCCGAAGGAGCUCAUGCUAACGCCAUUGACGUGGAGGUGGUCUAUGACCACCUGUCCAGUUUUAACCCGCCAAAAGUAGAGCCGACUGAUGAGGAACCAGUAAAGAAGCCCCCAUACGAGGACGAAACAUUGCAGGAUCUCCCGCAAUCACUACCUACCAAGGACGUACAAGAAAAAGGAAAGCAUACGUAUGAGGACCCCCCAAAUGGUACAACCCAUCAGUUCAAAUGCGAAGGUGAUAAAGAGAGUAACCCAGUUAGCCUAUUAUCAAACGAAAACGAAGGGGAUGAAAAUGGGGAUCCAUCACAGGGAGGAAAACUCAUUCCAUAUAUGCCUAACCAGAAGAACGUACAAAAAAAAUGUGGAGAAAUAAGCCAGUGGAGGGAACCCACCCAGGUAGAAGAGGGGGCCGCAGAAAGUUCAAAUAAGGUGGGCAAAAUGGAUGAUAUGCAGAUAAAGGAGAUGGAAGCGAAAUGUGUAGAGCUGCCAUGUGGCGAAAGUGGGCAGCAGUUGGAAGGGGGCAUAGAGGCGGAUGUAGAAGCGGGUGCAGAAGCGGGCGUAGAAGCGGGUGCGGAAGCGGACGUAGAAGCAGACUCAGAAGCAGACGCAGAGGCAGACGCAGAAGCAGACGCAGAGGCAGACGCAGAAGCAGACCUAAACGCGGAGGGGGAAUCGUCCCGACUAGAUGACCCAAACGAGAACGCCAACAGGUACAUCCAAAACGACUUGAAGCAAAACAACCAAAUGGUGGUGACCCAUGAUUGUGACGUUUCUAUCCAGCCCAGAGAGUAUAACAGAAGGUGGACCCAGCUGGUACAACACAUGGAUUCGUUCCUAAGUAUCAACUCGAGUGACAUAAACAAAAAUAAAAAGAUGAAACGAAUAGUGACCUGUCUAGAAGGAUGCCUCAAAAAUGAUAAGCACAUGGUUUACGAUGAAGGAAGCAAAGUCGAACUCGUGUUGGAAAAAAUUUUUGCAAAUUUGAAGGAAUUUCUCAGUAAGGAGAUCUGUUACAGAAGGGGUCGGAAAAGCGACAUGGCGUCGUCUGUUGAAGGGGAAAGGAAAGGAGAAAGCGGACAUGCCCAGGGGAGUGGCACCUACAGUAACGUGGAGGACGAGCACGGCACGGAGGACGAACGGGAUGAGGUUUCCCAAAGCGGAAGUGACACCCACAACAAUGCUGAUGAAGCGGAUGAGGCAGUCCACGCGGGAGAAGGUGCGCCGAGAAGUAGAAGCAAGGGUGGUAGUAAAGGUGGUAGUAAGGGUGGCACCAAAAAUGCACCACAUAAUGGCGGGAAACAACGCAGCGCGAACAAUUCACGAAGCGCCAAGCAGCCAAACGAAGCCGUCAUGUGCGACCUCAUAUACGGACACUACAACAUCUUGCUGUAUCUGAUUCUGCUCAAUUUCGAGUGCUUCAAAAAAUAUGUAGACACGGACGAGCUAAACGAACAGGUUCUAAUCAACCUAAAGAUCAACUUUAAAAAUGUUGUCCUAAAGCUAUCCCACUGCGAAAUAAAAAAUCGAAUCAUUCAGUUCUACCAUGUGCAUGAGACCUACCUAAUACAGCUAAACUGGGUUUAUGAGAAGUGCCUCCUUUACAUUUCCGAUUUUUAUAUGUACAUAGAGGAGUAUGACACUGUCCUGGUUAACCUUCUCGACCUCUGCACCCUGACCCUCCAAACGAAUUACAAUGUGCAGAAUAUGAUCGUGAACUCCUCCAAUUUGUUGCUAAGGCUUUUUAGAAACAAGAGUCGAAAAAAAAUGAAGAAAUAUGUCCUUGAUGAUAUUGUGUCCAAUAUAAACAACGUCAAUUUUAGGUACAACAGGAUGAACUUCCGAAAUAGCCACGUGAACUCCACAUACAUACACCUGACUACCUUUUUGCUUAUUAAAAUUGCAGAUUCUUUUUCUCACUAUGAGGGUGAUUUGAAGAGGAAGUAUUUUCUGGACCAACAGCCGGGAGGGGGAAGCAAGGGCACAUCGGCGGUCAGGAGAAUCCACGACGAAUCCGACAGUGAGACGGACAACGAUGAUGAUGAUGAGUACUAUGUGGGAAAGCCCCCCAAGGAAGCGCGCAACGGAAGAAGGCACAACAGAAGCGGACGCAACGAUGGAAGCCGACACAAUACUGGCAACACUGGAAACACUCGCAACACCCGCGGAAGGGAGGACGCUGGACUGUCUGACCAAUCGUGCAGCCUAAGCAUCUUCACGAGCGAGACCGAAGGCAGCAGCACCUGCAGUGGGGAACACACAAAAAACAGUGACACAAAGGGAGGGAAAAAAAAAUGCACCAAUGGUAGAGAACCCUCCAGGAAGUACCAAAUGAAUGCAAAAAAGGAAAAACCAAAAUACUCCUUAAGGAAAAAAAAAACAACAAAGGGUGACCCCCACGAUUAUGACCUUGCGAGUAGCACACAUGAAUACGAAUCAGAUGAGAAGAACGACAAAAAAAGAGAAACAAAUAUUAGUAGAAGGGAAGAAGACCCCUCGGAGGAAUCCCUGAACCAGUACAUGAUGAGGAAGAACUUCAAGAGACUAAACAGUGUAGUCAAUUAUAUACUAAUAGAGAUUAUCGAAAAAACACUCUACCAGGACAAUAAAAAUGCGAAAACCAUUUUGCAAUCCCUCUUUCUGGAUCUAAUAAAAUGCUGCGACAAUCCCUUAUUCAGCAUAAGUACACUCUUUGUUAAAAAUUCCAUUCACAUAUUCUUUGACGUCAUUAACAAAAGACAUGAAGGAAAUGUAAAGGAGACAUGUCUCUUUAUAUUAAGAUACAUUUUGAAAUAUACAUUUAAUGUAUACAAUUAUGUGAAUAACGCUUGCUUCCAUUUAUUGUACAAUUUGAAUCAGGAGCUGUGCCAGAAUAAAUUUAUAAAGCCGUUCUUUCAAUUGGACGGUUUUAAGGAAGACAAGGAGGGUCUCUCAACCCCUGCUUGCAUCACGGGGGGGGACAUUUCGGGAAAAAAAAAAAAACGCAAAGGGGAAGAAAGGGACAAAGCAGGAACUCACCGAGGAAGCGGAAAAAAAGGAGGUACUUAGAUGAUGAAACUACUCAGGUGCUGCGACGAGGUGCAAAAAAACGAUCAACUCCUCCGGUGCCAGCAGUGUGAAUCGUUCUAUCACAAGACGUGCAUUUAUAAAGGCGCGAAGAAGAUGAGCACGCACAGGGACAUUCCCCAGGAGGAUACCACUUGGGGGUACAACGGCCUUUGUCAAACAGGGAGAAAUAACCAAACAAGCGGAGAGAAAAUAAACAAUCACGGGAGCUGCGAAAAAAAAAACAAUCACGGGAGCUGCGAAAAAAAAAACAGUCACUGGAACGGCGAGAAAAAAAACAGGCAGUGGGAAAGCCUCGAUGAGGGCACCACGAAACAUAUCGAAAACCUUUUGCACUCGUCCAACGUAGCAGAACACAACUGUGAUAACUGCAAAGUGAGAAACAUAAUCAAAAGCAUUAUCAUCAGAGAGGCGCAAGGGAACAACACCUUCUUGAAUAGCAAAUUUAGGAGGAAGAAAGAAAAGAAUAAGGGCUUUUACUGUUUUGAAAAAUUUGUGAACAAACUGAAGGCCUUCGUCGUGUAUUACUACUACCUCGUGGUGCACAUCAAAUGUGACAAGGUAAUUGAAGGCAUAGACAGCAACAGCAAUAAUGUGUACUCUUACAUACUCAUCCUGUAUAAUGAUUUUUUGUGCGUCGAUGAGGAUUCAGAGGAGGGAACUGCCAAGUGGGUCGCGGGCGAAAAGGAGAAAAAGAAGGGACUCCCUCCUAUGAAGGGUGCCGCUUCUCAGAAGGGUGCAGCUUCUCAGAAAGGUGCCGCUUCUCAGAAGGGUGCCGCUUCUCAAAAGGGUGCCACUUCCCUGAAUGGGGACAAACCCAUCCGCAUGAGCAAAUUCACCCAGAUGCUGUGCCACGAAUACAGAAACACCGACAGGAGGGACGAUGAGGCCCUGGCCAAGUACACCACCGCACAUAACUUUGACAUCUACAUCAACAUCUUGUGGAAGAUUCACCUCUAUUUUUCCUUUUACGAUUAUUUCUUCGUAGCCCUUAAUCAGCUCUUCUACAUACUCUACGAAAACGGAAACAAAAAUCUCAGAUAUUACAGCAUUUCGAUAAUCAACAAUAUUAUAAAUGAUAACUACCUGUACUUGAAAUGCAAGCAAACGCAAAAUAUUUUGAUGUCUUGCUUGACGGAUAAUUAUCUAAAGAAUUUUCUGGAGGUAGAAAAUCUGUCCGAUCGGUGCCAACUUAUGGAUGGAAUAACCAACCCUGCGCUCAGUAGUACCCACAGUAAGCAUGUCGAAAGGAAGGACAGUCCCACGAACGAGGAGAAAAAUCCACUCGAGGGGAAGAAUACACUCAAUCAUUACCAUCGUAACCAGCCCAUCGACCUGAACCAGUACAUCACAAACGAGAUUGUAGACUCCAUUAGGCGGUGCUCAAAGGACAUAAAAAUCAGCAUUCGAAUUGUCAGCGUGAAGAUUUUAAAAUAUAUCGUCUAUUUUAACGUCUACGCGAAGAGGUACCCUCGGGGAGCAGGGGCGCAACCGGCGAGCGAAGAUGACGAUGGGGAGCAGGGGCAGGAGGAGCACCACGCAGAUGAGCACCACGUGAACGGUGAGGAUCGCCGCCAAACUAGCCAAACCAACUGCAUCCGCGACAACCUGUCCAUCAUGAACGACCUGAUCGAGCGGUACGUGUCCACCUUCGACAACGAAACGAUGAAGAGCACCGUCCUCGAAAUAUUCAUCGACAUUUUCUUCAUUAACAUAUUCACGCAAGCGAAGCGGAAGGUGGAGAAAAGGGAAGGCCCCCCAGAAGUAGACCCCUACCAGCAUGGAAGACAUUCCCAUGGGGAGUACCCAAACGAGCAACAUGCUAGAGGAUACGAAUCGGAAGAAAGUCAACCAAUGGGUAUGGAACAGGAUUCCACGGUGUACAUAAGGAUAGAAAAAAACAUGUACACACUCUUUAUUCAUCUUCUUUACGUAAUGAAAAAUAAGCACAACAUAAAUAUCGUCAGUAAAAUGCUCUCCCAUAUGGAGAAGAACGUGAGGAUGUAUGAUGAGAAAUUGGAUUCAGUUUUGCGCUUUCUGAGCGAACAUGACAAGGUGGGGAAGUCAGGGGGGGGACAUCCUCACAGCGGUGCACAUAGCAGUUCCCAUAGCGGGGGUCCCUCCAGUAACGCCAGACUCACGGCAAAAGGUGGCUACAAAAAUGGGUGCAAAAAUGGGCACAAACGUGGAGGAAGCAAUUUACCCAGCAGAGGUAGCAAUUUGCCCUCCCAAGGAAGCUGCUGGACAGGAAAAGGAAGAACCAUGAACCAUUCAAUGAGCAAAAAAAACGCGGACGUUUCGACGGACGAGUACGACGAGCAGGACCACCCCGAAGACGGAGAAACAACCCUAAGGCAAACCAAAGAACAAACCAACCUCCUCAAAAUUAAAAAUAGCAUAUACAACAUAUAUCUGAGCAACUCAUACAAGUACCUAGAAAUCUUGAGGAAAAAAAAAGUGAAGUAUGUGCUAGAAGUGUGGAUCCAUAAUUUAAUUUGUCUCUUCAUUAGAAGUAGAAGAAAUAGUUCCCUCGAAAAAGAAACAAAAAAAAUUAUAAACAUAUUUAAUAUUAUAAUCGAAAUUAUGCCGAGCUUAUUUAUCAGAUAUAUGGAUUUUUUUUAUCCAUACAUUUACAACAACGAUGUGUCGAAGGAUGUCUGCGAAUUGUUGUCAUCGAUUAUCCCACACUGUAAGUUGGACCUAAAUUUAAAGUUCCAGUUUAAGAGGGUGCACUUCAAUAAUUCUCUUCUAUACCAUCAGAAUAUUUUCAUUUCGAGAUCGUAUGUCCAGCUCCUCUGUACCCUACACACGUAUAUCUUUUCGGACUUUUUUUAUUUCAAAGCGUAUAUCCAAGAAUGCCUUAUAAAGCUACACAAAUACAAGUUGUGCUUCCUAAUAAAUAAUUACGUAGUUCAGUUGAACGACUUCGUGCGUGAGUUUCAGUUUAUGACUCAGGAGGAGAAACAGCACGUACGGGGGAAACUAUGCCAAGCAUAUGCUCACACAACAGAGAUUAACAGCGGAGAGGAGAGAGACCUCCAAAAAGGAGAAAAACACGCUGAUCACGUCUUCACCUACAAUCUUAUCGAUAUGCCUUACGAAGAAUUUGUUAACCAUCUAGAUCAAUACAAAAAACACAUCUUCGAUAUUUUCUGUGUAACCCACACUGAUGUGCAAAAUUUAGAUAAACACGCGUGGCUCAUUUGCGUGAUGAUGGAAUUUAUUAACAUCAACAAAAUUGUUGUGAACGAUUUAUAUGCUGAAGGGGUGGACCCCCACACACAUGUCUGGGUGGGAGACACGGAAGAGGCUAACAAAGCAGAAGUCAGGAGUGGAAGCAGGAAGAACAACCCCUCGAAUGGGACCAAAGUGGGAGGAUCAAAUCAAUACACGAGAAAGAAAGAAAAGCCUGAUCAGAAAAAAUCCGAUGAAGAUAUCCAAAUAAAUAACGUAAAAUAUAUUAAACUCUCCGAUAUUGCAAAACGUGUACAAAUAUACAGCCAAGGAAUUCUCUACUUUGAGUUCAUGUUCAAUAAGGAGGUUGAUUAUAUUAACAAAUGGAAUACUCUGAAAUUGAAAAAUGAAAUAAUUACAGAAAUUCUUCAUAAAAAAAUUAACACCAAGAAGAUAGAAAAGUUUGUCGAUAUGUUUAACUAUAAAUUUUAUGAUCUAUCUUUAAUUGUAGUAAAUUUAAUUGUAGACUUAUUCUAUAUUUCGAAUGAUGUAAAAUAUAAAUGCUUUUUCCUCCUAUGCUUAAGUAAAAUAUUAUCCAACUUUUACAACUCCCAUUUUAUUAACGACUUGAAAUUGAGAAAUGUUUUCUUUUUUUGCAUCAAUUCGUUCAAUCCGAUUUUACAGAAGAAUUUCCUCUACACACUACUUCAACUGAUUAAGACAUACGAACAGUUUCUUAACAACAAGGAUAAUUUGCUCCUCGCGCAAAGUAUCAACAACAGGAAAUGCGAAAGUGAAAUCCUGGGUGGGAGAAUCAGCAUGGUUGUGCCUCCCACAGAACAACAACAUAGAACUGCGAAAAAAGGCAAAAUAAGUACCAUGAGGGGAGGAAAUGCUAAUCAUAGGAACUACGUAAAGGGGGAGAGUAAAACUACGCACACUAUUAGCCGAAACAGUGGAAUGGGUAACUGCCAUCGGGUUGAACCUUCUAAUGGGGAAGAACACCCCCCCGCAGAUACACCCCAUGAGGGGGAUAUAAACCCAAAAGAAAACACACACAAAUUCCAUUUUGACACGCUCAAUACAAGUAGUCAUGACGAACCAGGAAAGGAUAACCACCAGAAGGAGAGAGUCAAAAGGGAGGCAACCCUGGAGGAAGAAGACACAGACGAACCACACAAAAAGAGCUAUACGAAACGAGAAAAGGAACCCAAUAAAGGCAUAAACAAACAACAAGAAAAUGUCAACUCCGUUUCGUACGAACCAAAUGAUACACUACUGGAGAGUAAUGAACAAGUGGCAGGUAGCCCCAAAGUGGGGAAUCGAGAGAAUGGACACAAUAACGAUAUCAUACACGUACUCCUUGUGGCUUCCCUAUUUGCUCAAAAAAUUAUCGACACACUCAGUGUUAACCGGUUUAUAUACACAGACUGCUCCGCAGAAGAACUAUACUUAAUUAAAAAUUUAGGAAUUCAAAUUUUAGGAAAUCUAUAUAAAGAAGGAUUCAUCCAAGGGACAAAAAUUUGUCCAAGUAUUUUUUGCCUCUGUUUCACUCCAGAUAUGAAAUUAAAAUGUAGAAGCGAAAAAAUUAUUAACUGCAUUUUGGACAAAGAGAGUUACAACUUUGUAAAUAGCUUGGCGGAGUGCCUACAACAUAUGCUCUUCUACCUAAUUGAAAAUCACUACAUGUUCAGUAAUUUUGAGAGGGGGUGUUUUGACCAGGAGAAAAACCGUCGAAUGAGGGACACGAGCGACUUCCUAACCACAGAUACACUCCUGUUUAAUAAGAUGGAGCAACCAUUCUUUCAGUACCUCCUAGAUAUCUACGACCGUUUAACUAAUAAAAAUCUAAAAAUGAAAUAUGUCAAAACGGUACUUAAAGAAAUCGAAAACGCGUGUCACCUAGUGCUGUAUGAUAAGGUUCGAAGCUUCAUACGGGAUGUGGGUGUCAAGUACAACACCUCCACUGGGGGGGGAACACAUGCAGAGGGUACCAGUAGAGACUACUCGAGGAGAGAUGGCUGCAACGUGAAUGUCUCCGUUCGCAUUCCCCAAGUGAAGGAUAUCUACGCGCUCAUCUUGAGGAAGUACAUGUCGCAGAAUGGGUCGAGCGGUCAGAGUGAAGAUCCGCGGGACAGUGGCUCGGAUUCGUCUGCCCCGAAGAGAGCCAUGAGAGGGAAUGCAAAGGGGGCUAACCGGGUUGGAAGCGGAGCAACCAACGGAGAGAACAACUUCCAACUAGAGGAAAAGAAGCCACCCAAGCCUAGCGGCAAGCCAAACAGAAAAAGGAUGAACAAGGACGAAGAGACAUCCAGUUGCUCCAAUUCGAAGUUAAGCGAAAAAAUUAUCGAUGAAAAUAUUUCAGACGUAGGAACCAGCUCAGAACAGAACAGCGACGAAAAAAACGUAAUCGAAAAAAUAAAAAAAAAUACAACCACCUUGUGCACCACCAGAUGAAUGGCACUACUAAUUCACGACAUCAACAAGGUUUACUAUGUUAUUUCGUCCACUGUUAAUAUCAACUCCGAGGUGGACAGCCCCAAGUCCAACCACAGCUACUUCCACUCGAUCGAUGAACGCAUUCAGGAGCUCUCCCACGAAGAUGAAAUGAACCAUGAACGAGAAAGCGAAAAUUUUUCUAGAGUAAAUUUGAACCUUUGUAAAAUCAAGUGCUUCGCCAUGGUGCUACUAAACAGUUUGACUAACCACUUGGUGCAGCAUUACCAGGUGGACACCUCCAGACUGAACGAACUGAUCGAAGAUGACAACGCAAAGGAAAACAAAAUAGAGGAAGAAGUCAGAGAAGAAAAAAAAAACAUCUUCAAUUAUUACGAAUACAUAUAUCAGUGCAUCGAAAUAUUUGUGGAAGACAACGCGGUCGUCAUGGAAAAGCACGCUAGACACAAUUUAAACAUGCACAAUUUGGGCACGCACAAUUUAAAUAGUGACUACAUAAAUGGGCUUAUGAAUGAUGGAAAAAACAAAAAAUUCGCGCAGAAAAAAAAACAGAGGGAAGUCUCAAGGCAAAGAAGAUUGACCCUGAAGAAAAAUCCCUAG